AAAAUAAAAAAAUAAUAAAAAGAGAAAACCCUAGAAGCUGAAUCGAAUUCGCCUCUGUAACCAAAAUUUUUCUUCACACCUCUAGGGAGAAUCUGGCCGUCGAUCUUUUCAUCCAGCGGUUCUCCUCAGUCGGCGACCGCUUUUUUCCCCCUUCUUCCCGCCCCCAUUUCCCCAGUGGUUUUUAUCAUAAACCCUAGCCGUCGUCUCUCUCUCUCUCUCUCUCUUCUCUGUCAGUUUGUAUGAGACGCUCUCACUCUCACCGAUUCUCCGUCAUUUUUUCGGAUCUAAUCUUUCGAGUUCUUUUUUGGGUUCUCCGUCUUUGUUUUUGUCGACGUUUUUUUCGGGGUUUUUUAUAGCCUCUGUAAAUGGAUCUUUGAAUUUUUUUUUUUGUUGGUUUUUUAGGUUUGAAUCUAGAUUAUUGUAGAGAUACUGUGGUGAAGAUUUUUUGAUUUUGUUUUUUUUUUUUUUUUGUUUUUGUAAUUUCAUGUUGGUGCUCUCUGCUUGUUCCGAUGUUUGAUUUUAAAUUUUUCCUCGCUUCGAAAUCUUUGGCGCCAAGUCUUGUUUUCGUGUUAGAUUGAAUUUCAAAAUUCUGGAUCAUCGUGUAUACAUACACUGGUUUGAGCGAGUAGGUGGUUGUUAAUCACUGGCGUGGCUUUACUUCCACGGCCGCCGGUUCCGAUGCCGGUCAGAGUUUGGUGACUGAGUCGAUUCUAAGAUAGAGAAUUUGAUUGGUGGGUGGUGUUAAUUCUCUAUAACCGUACGGCAAUGCCGUCUGGGAUGAGAAGGACGAGAGUUUUUGGAUUGGUUAAGGGUCUUGAUGGAGCUAGAGUUCUAAGGUCUGGUAGACGGCUCUGGCCUGAAUCGGGUGAGGUGAAGCUUAAGAAAUCUAAGGAUGCCAGUGACUGGUACCCUGUUAUCGACAGCAGAGGAAAUGGUGGCGGAAGUGGUCAGGUUAGGCUCCAUGGGAAGUGGACCCAAGUUCGAAAUGUCAAGCCAAAGAGGGUCGUCGUUGUUAACAUUCGUGAGGAGGAGGAUGCUUGUGUAGUGAAAGUCCCUGAACCACUGAAGGUUUUGCCUAGAAUUGGUAGCGAUGGCGAGUCUGGUGAUGUGGAUAGAAUGUUUGGGAAGGUUUAUAGCAGGAAGAGGAAGCGGGGUCGUCCCGAAAAUGGCUAUGGUUUUGAUGAAAUGGAGGGUGAUAAUGCUAUAUCAGGGGAUAGGAUGUUUGGACUCCGCUUCAUUCGAAGACAGAGAUCUAGGAAGACUGACAUUACACAUUGGGAGCCUACUGCAAGUGGACGUUCUACUAAGCUGCAUUUCCAUAGGCCUAGCGUUUCACCACCGCUGCCCCGCGAUCGGGUUCUUACUAUUUUCGCCGGGAGUAGUAUCAAUAAUGGCUGUUUUUCCGAUUUUAUACAAUCGGUUCUUAGACACUUGAACAGUCCUGAGCUGAAUGUGGCCAAGUUAUCUUCAUUUUUGUUAUCCAAUACGAUCAAUGGAGUAUUUGCUUCGACAGGAAUGCGUUUCUUGCAGGGUUAUCCUCCUACUGGAAGUUCUGGAAUGUGUGUGAUUUUUGGGAGCAGGCAGUGUAUUCCAAUGUUUCAUUUGGAUUUUUCUGCUGUUCCUUUCCCUUUUAUGUACUUACAUUCCAAGAUGUUUCUUAGACAGACUCGGAUUCAAGCUCGUCUUGUAUAUAAUAACGAACAGUUAGAUGUAGAUAUGAGUAGUGAUAGUGAAGAAGACAGCAUGGUGGAAGAGCAACAUGUUUCCAAUCCUCCUGUAAGAAGUUCUUUGGAUUGCAAAACCGUGGCCUUUGGAGUCGAUCAUACCAAUACUCGAUCUAAUUCACAGUUGUCUGUUAGAGCUUCGAGGUUAGGUAGUCGGGCCUUGCAAUAUAGAAAUGGUUUCAGCUCUCGUGGUAUACGGAAAAGGAGAAGUUCACUGAGAAUGAGGAGACCUAGAAGCCAUUCUCUUGCUGCUAUGCAAAAAACUGUUGGCAUUUUUGGGAUUGAUGAUAUGAAACGCAGUGUAUCUUUUCCUUCUGUAGCAUCUUGUAACAGGCACAAGAACUCCGCCCUUAGAGAUUCUUCUGGGCGUGUGAGUUCGACUGCAUUGGGAUCGGCAAUGGAUGUUGAUUCAUCAUGCUGCAAUGCCAAUAUAUUAAUUGUAGAAGCUGAUAGAUGUAUGAGAGAAGAGGGAGCUAACAUUGUGUUGGAGUUCUCUGCCUCGUGUGAAUGGCUUCUAGCGGUCAAGAAAAAUGGUUCAACUCGAUACACCCACAAAGCAGAAACGGUUAUGAAGCCCGCUUAUUGCAAUCGUUUUACACAUGCGAUAUUGUGGUCAGCUGAUAAUGGUUGGAAGCUGGAGUUUCCGAAUCGCAGGGAUUGGUUAAUUUUCAAGGAUCUAUACAAGGAGUGUUCUGAUCGCAAUAUACCGUGUUUUACUGCUAAAGCCAUUCCCGUGCCUAGAGUGUCUGAAGUUCCAGAUUACGUCGAUAGUAGCUGUACUUACUUCAAAAGGCCAGAUACAUACAUCUCUGUAAACGACGAUGAGGUAUGUAGAGCGAGGGCGAAGAGUACAGCCAACUACGACAUGGACUCUGAGGAUGAGGAAUGGUUAAGCAAGUUUAAUGACAAGCUUAUUGCAACAGACAAGCAACAUGAAUGUCUUUCGGGGGAUAGUUUUGAGCUGAUGAUCGACGCUUUUGAGAAGGAAUUAUUCUGUAAUCCCGAUGCCUUCUCUGAUGAGAAAGCACCUACUGAUAUGUUCAUGCUUCUUGGUAGUCGAUCGACAGUCGAGUCAUUGUUUACUUACUGGACAAGGAAACGAAGACAAAGAAAAUCAUGUCUGAUACGAGUUUUCCAGGCACAUCAAUCAAAGAGGAAACCUCCUGUGGUACCGAAACCGAUCAUGCGAAGAAAACGAUCAAUCAAAAGACAGCCUAGCCAAUCUGGGAGUGGGAGAGCUACCCAAUCAAGUAUUUUAAAAGCCAUAGUUUCGAGACGAGAUGCUGUGGAGGAACAAAAUGCUGUGCAAAAGUAUGAAGAAGCCAAGGCAGCAGCAGAGAGAUGCAUGGAGAGCGCUGUUAGUAAGCGGCAAAGGGCACAGUUGCUGUUGGAGAAUGCAGAUUUGGCAGCUUACAAAGCCGUAGUAGCACUCAGAAUUGCCGAAGCAAUUCAAGCAUCAGAAUUGCCUGAAGCUGCUGCCGCCACCGCCGCAGCAGCUUGUUUUCUGGAAUAAGAUUUUGUUUCCUUUGGGAAUAUCCCAAUUGGUUUAAUUAUUAUUAUUGUAUAGUAUUUCAUUAAUAUGUACAUUCUAUUUUGUAUUAUGAUUACAAGAAUCUCUCAGCACCCACCCAUUAUGUACAACAACAAUGAGAUGUCCUGAUUUUUCCCAGGUCCUAAAUAUACCAACUUAUCU